AUGGAUAGGACGUACUACGUUGCCGCCCGGACGCCUCAAAGCGCACGUUCGGUCAAAGAAGAACAAGUUGCGUCGAAGCCACGACCACGGCCUGGCGAAGUCGUCGACUGGCCCAAGGCCGAUGGUCCAUCUGAUUCUGGUAUCUACCAAUCCGACGAAGAUAGGUCAUGGGAUCCAUUGAAAAGCUUCUCUGGAGCGGAGGAUAAAUCCUCUGUGGCAUCCUCUGAUGAAGGUUCUAUCUUUUCGAUUGCAUCGCUGGCGUCCUCGGCGACGGAUCUCUCGAAGGCGAGUGGGUACUCCGCAACACAGAUAGCGACUGCGACUCGAGAGGUACUGCUCAUAUUACGAGACGACGAGGUAUUGCAGCCACUAUAUAAAACAGCCAUUGAAGGCGAUAUCGGUCCUGAUCGAUUUGUGAACAACUUUCGGCGACUCCUCAAAUUAUAUGCAGAAGACCUGAAGGAAGAGGCUCGUGAUCGAAUCGAAUUCCUAGCUGCUCGACUUGUUGCGGUCAAGGCGAGACACCUCGCGGAGUCCAUUUUGGAGAAGUUUUGGAACAGCGCAGUGGCGCCAACAUUAGCACCACUUGAUUCGAAGUCGAAGGCAAUUUUUGCAAAAGAAGAUAGCUCUGAUGAAGAAGGCGAGGAUGAAGUGGAAGACGACGGUAUAUUUCAAGAUCUCGUCAUCGCCCAAGAUUUCCUUGUUGAAAGUAAUGCUUUCGACGAUCUUCGAUCCCGAUUUCGGGAAUUCAUACACUCGCCAAAAGCAUCCACAAAGAAACCAACGGCCAAGGGUAAAGAGCGAGCUUUGGAUGAAGAAGACGAUAGCUAUUCAGGGAAGACAACUAGAGAAAGUUUUGUUGCUGCAUUCUCCGGCUUUCUGGGUCAAGACGAGCCGGGAGAUCUCGCCGUUGCGCGGUUCACCAAAGCUUUUGCACAUGACCCCGAGCUGCACGAACUUCAUAAGGCUGCAUUGGCCGAGCUUGAGAAGGAGCUUCUUGUCACCAAAUACUCCCGUAUCCUGGUAUUGUACUUCAAAGACCUCAGUGAGGAAGCGGAGCGUGAGACGGAUCGAGCAAUUAUCCAGGAGUUCCGGAAACGAUCGAACAUCAAGAUCAUUGUCAACGCUACUUUUCACAAUAUUAUUUUAGAUAUUGUCGAGGUGAAUGAGCGAGCACUGUUACAAAGAGAUUCCAGCUCCUUGACAAGUCGGCUCGCCGAACAGCAACAGCGAGUUCACAAUCACACCGAGCUACGCAACAGUCCCGAUAGCGAGCAUCGUCUGGACUACAAUUUCCUGCAACGGGGCGUUGCGUUCCGUAAGAUGGCACUGAAGAUCAGAUUAUUAUCUUUACCGACCUCGCUUCGCGAGAUUGUUGAGACAGUGCCCAAGAGCACCAUCAAACUAUCCUCGGUGCACAAUACGUCCGUUCUCAACAAACUGAAGGGAUUUGCAGAAGAUCAUAUAGUACUCGAGUGGGACUGUAUUGUGGACAGCCUCUAUACCGCAUCGUAUCUGAAGCACACGCAAAUGUUCUUCAGGAAGCUCUAG